AUUCAGCAACACAUAGGAAGACCGGAGCGUGGAUUAAGGGACAGGAAGAAUCCAUUUGAAUGCUACGAGGAUGAACCUUUCAGAGAAAGGUACCGCUUCUCCAAAGAAACUGCGAUGUAUAUCAUCAAUAUGCUCGAAGGGGAUUUAGAGAGACAGACAGACAGGAAUGACCCAUUGCCUGUCAUGUUGCAGGUUUUGACUGGAUUUCGUUUCUAUGCUGUUGGCACCUUUCAGAAGAUGCAUGCAGACGAAGCAACUGUAUCACAAUCAUCCGUGUGCAGAAUCAUCAAAGAUGUUUCUGAGGCAAUCGCAAGGAGGAAGAGACAGUUCAUGAAGUUUCCGACCACAAGAGAUGAAAUUGAAACCACCCAGCGACAAUUUUAUGAUUACUGCGGGUUUCCAGGGGUCAUCGGUGCUAUCGAUGGGACCCAUGUCUACAUCAGGAGUCCUGGUGGGGAACAAGCCCUGUACUUCCUAAACAGGAAGAACAGGUACUCUGUAAAUGUACAGGUUGUAUGUGAUGUAGCUGGAAAAAUAACAAAUAUCGUUGCCAGAUGGCCGGGCAGCACCCACGAUUCACGGAUUUUCUCUGAGUGUGCAUUGAAAGGACAGCUGGAAGCUAGGGCUGAUGGUUCUGAGUGGCUACUUGGGGAUAGUGGGUACCCCUGCCUCCCCUUUCUGUUGACUCCCCUCCUUAAUCCUCUUGGACGGCCACAGGUGCGCUACAAUAGCGCCCACAAAAGAGGACGUUGCGUUAUCGAGCGCACCUUUGGCCGUUGGAAGAGGAGGUUCCCGUGCCUCAAUGAUUUGCGCGUGAAGGUGGAUACUACUUUCACAAUAAUAGUGGCUUGCUCGGUCCUGUGGAACAUCUCCCUCGACCAUAACGAGGUAGAUAUUCCAGGACCUGAGCCAGAGGAAAUGCCUCCACUUGUCCACCUUCCUCCUGGCCUACAUGACGAUGUCGCUGGUAGGCUCAGGAGAGAGCAAAUCAUUGAGGACCAUUUUUCCAACUAACCCAAGUAUCCACU